UGAGUAAAAAGGAGAAUCCGAAGUCUCGAACGCAUAGAGAGUGGUUGAACGUGCAACGCCGGGUGGGGAUGGAUACAAUCCGAAAUACGCCAGUGCGCAGUUGAUAUGUUUCACACAUUUUUUUUAGAUGAAUUAUACGCAGGUCUUGAUGUUGGUUGCCCUGGUCAACGGUCAACUGGUUGCCUCCCUUGGUUGAAUAUAUCCGUUCCGAUCCAUGCAUGGGGUUGCUAUUUUUUUGUUUUUGUUUCUGUUUCCUCAAUAUUUUUUCCACUUCUUCUCUAUACGGGUUACGCAGGUGGAGAGAUCUGAUGCAAGAUCAGAGGUGGCUUUGCUUGGUGACAUGGUGUUAGUAGAUAAACUUGACCAUAUAUUCAAUGUUUCGGGACCUUCCUUCGUGCAUAUGCCCCCCAAGAAUGGGCUUGAAGGGUUGGUUGCGAGACCGAGGCCCAAUCCGAGUACUGGCAGUGCUGUUCUGGCUCCCUCCAGAUCGAACAUACACCCCAAGUCGGACGAUCAGGGACGUUACCGUAUAGUGUACUAGCCAGCCCUUCCCGUAGGAAUUUGCGUGUUGCGAGAUCCCUUUUAAUUUGAAUUACCAAUCGCUGUCAUUGUUGUUGUUGAUUGUCGGAACACAGCAAUUUCACCUCAACAAAAGAUCAGAGUGGGAU